AUGAAACAUGGAGAACAAGUUGUCAGUCUUAACCAAGAAUUAUCUAUUUUAAUACAGCAGAAGCAGCAGGCUGAAAAAUCCAGAGAUAUUCUGCAAGCGGAACUCGAAAAAACAAAAGUUAUUGCAAAUGAGAAUAAAGAUGCUCGAAGUGAAGCGGAGAGACGUCGAAAAUCUGCUGAAAACGAUUUAUCAGCUCAAUUAGAAAUUCAAAAUAAGAGUCGUCAACUUGAGGAAACUGAGGCAAUGGCAACAAACUUUCAAGGCAUUAUCACGGAUUUAAAUCUACAAUUGAGUGAAGCUCGAGAACUAAUGAACUUUGAAAAGGACGAAAAAAUUGCUGUGCAAACAAAAUUAAAGGCGGUCGAAACACAACUGGAAAAUGCUCUUUGCGAAAUUGAAGAAUAUGAAAAGAACAAAAUGAAACUUGAGAAGGAUAUUGCGAGUUUUAACCAAAAAUUAAUUAACGUUAGGAAAAAAUAUGACAAUAGCCUAAUGGAACAGGCUGAAGAGAUACGUAGAAAAUGGCAAAAUGAAUUAAACAUAAUAAAAAUGCGUUUGGAAUCGAGUGAAAACGUUUGUUCACGUGCUGAAAAAGCAAAAAAAAAAUUAACACAAGAGAAUGAAGAUGCGAUGAAUGAAUUGAGCACUCUUCGGUCUUAUUGCAGUGAAUUAGAAGCCAAGCAACGUAAAUUUGACCAGCAGCUAGCUGAAGAAAAGAGUCUUAUCUGCAAAGCUUACUUAGAACGUGAUCAAAUAUCGCUAGAAGUAAGAGAACGUGAUACGAAAAUUCUAACGCUCGGGAAAGAAAUAAUGCUUCUACAAGAAAAAUUGGAGGCAGAAGAACGAAGCAGAAUAGAUCUACAAUUAGAAAUAGAUCACUUGACCUCGGCCAAAGAUGAUUCUGGCAAGAAUCUCCUUGAAAUGGAGCGAGCAAAGCGAACUUUAGAACUUGAACUUCUUAAUGCCAGGGAUGAAAUUACUGAUUUGGAAGAUGCAUUGCAAAAAUCUGAAGAUGAUCGUCUGCGACUUGAAGUCAAUUUACAAAGCGUUAAAGCAGAUUUGAAUAGAAUAGCUGCUCGAAAAGAAUGCGAUGAUGAUGAAAAAAAUAGCACCAUGCAAAGAAGGUUACGAGACUUGGAAGGCGAAUUGGUAUCCGAACGUCAGUCCAAGGCUAAUUUAAUCCAGCAAAAGAAAAAGAUGCAAUUUGAAUUGUCCGAAAUUACCGAAAUGAAAGAACAAAUCAGUUUUGAAAAGGAUGAGAUAUCGAGACAGUUGCGAAAAUCUAUAAAGCUACAAAAAGAUCUACAAAAAGAAGUCGAACAGUUACAAGCAUCGAAAGAAGCAGCCUUUUUAACUUCGAAACAACUUCAUAAAAAAUUGCAAAUUGCAGAGAAUGAAAUAUCUUUGUUGAAUGAAACAAAUGUUCAGUUGAAAAAUGAAAAACGAUUGAUUGAACACGAAUAUGAUGAAUUAAAGGAAUUAUUAAAAGGGAAAGAAAAUUCUAAUCAAGAAGAGAGAAAAAGGCUCGCAUCAAGAAUUAUUGAAUUGCAAGAUACAAUUGAUGAGGAACAGAAUAAGAAUGAUAUUGCCAAUGAUACGCUUAGAAGAACUCAAAUACAGAUGGAAACGCUUACUACAGAACUAGCAGCUGAGCGAUUAUUAAAUGAAAGACUAGAAAAUGAGAAAAAUUCGUUGGAGCGGAAAGCGAAAGAAUUGGACUCUGAAGUCACCGAUCUUAGAUCCAAUUUGCAAGUAAAAAGUCAUGCUCAAAUAAUGCAACUGGAAGCGAAAACUCAAUAUUUAGAAGAUCAACUCGAUCAAGAAAUCCGAGAAAAAAAAGCCACCAUUCGACAAGUAAAGCGUUUGGAUAAAAAGUUGAACGACACAUUGGAAUUGCUGGCUGAUGAAAAGAACGAAAAUGAAAAAUUAAAAGAUUCUAACAGUCGAACAUUGGCUCGACAGCGACAACUUAAGGAGCGAAUUGAUCAACUCGAAAAUGAUUUUAUGCUGGAGAGUGCUAAAACGCGUCAAUUACAACGGCACUUAGACGAAUUAAGUGAAGCUAAUGAUAGCCUAAUACGCGAAAACAUACAACUAAAAAGUAUCGCUAAUGAUGCGCGUCGUUCGAUAAUACAGUAUGCUGGCACUUCACGCUUUGGAAGUGAGAGAAGCUAUUCACGGGGACUGCGAAGUAAUGGAAGCAGUUCAGAUCUUCUGCGACCUGGGUCUGCAUCCACUGCUGAUUCGGAAUAUGUAGAGGAAACCGAUCUCGGCACGAGCUGA